CUCCUUCAAGUCCCAGUGUUUAUAUGUAAAGGAGACUAGCCGCUAGGGCUCAAGACCGGGAUUAUCCUAGCUCGUAGAAAAGUACGGCUUUCGCAGUGGGAGGGGGGGGGAAGACACACUGUUUCCAGUGAAACUGACAGUGCUUGGUGGCAUUUGGAACCUUCGUGAAGUCUUCCGUCUGGAGCCUGAGAAUUGCAUGCUAUGGAACACCCGCUCUUUGGCUGCCUGCGCAGCCCUCACGCCACCGCGCAAGGCUUGCACCCGUUCUCCCAGUCCUCUCUCGCCCUCCAUGGAAGAUCAGACCACAUGUCCUAUCCCGAGCUCUCCACUUCAUCCUCGUCUUGCAUAAUAGCGGGGUACUCCAACGAGGAAGGCAUGUUUGCCAGCCAGCACCACAGAGGUCACCACCACCAUCACCAUCACCACCAUCACCACCAGCAACAGCAGCACCAGGUUCUGCAAACCAACUGGCACCUCCCGCAGAUGUCCUCCCCCCCAAGUGGAACUCGGCACAGCCUCUGCCUCCAGCCAGACUCAGGAGGACCCCCGGAGCUAGGGAGCAGCCCGCCUGUAUUGUGUUCCAACUCUUCCAGCUUGGGCUCUAGUACCCCGACAGGAGCUACGUGCGCACCGGGGGACUACGGACGCCAGGCGCUUUCGCCUGCAGAGGCAGAGAAGAGAAGUGGCGGCAAGAGGAAAAGCGACAGCUCAGACUCCCAAGAAGGAAAUUAUAAAUCAGAAGUCAACAGCAAACCCAGGAAGGAAAGGACAGCAUUUACCAAAGAACAAAUCAGAGAACUUGAAGCAGAAUUUGCCCAUCAUAAUUAUCUGACCAGACUGAGGCGAUAUGAGAUCGCAGUGAAUCUGGAUCUCACUGAAAGACAGGUAAAAGUCUGGUUCCAGAAUAGACGAAUGAAGUGGAAGAGGGUAAAAGGAGGACAGCAAGGAGCUGCAGCUCGAGAAAAGGAACUGGUGAAUGUGAAAAAAGGAACACUUCUCCCUUCAGAGCUUUCAGGAAUCGGAGCAGCCACCCUCCAGCACACAGGAGACUCUCUAGCAAAUGAAGAUAGUCAUGAUAGUGACCACAGCUCAGAGCAUGCACAUUUAUGA